AUGUUGCGCCCUGCGACCCCCUUAUCGAUACUAUUCUUCGUCGCCUUUGUGCUGCUGCUGCUCUCGACCCUCUCGACGCCUCUGAUCAAGAGCAUUCCCCUCGCUACCUACCGCGGUGUCCACUUUGGCGUCCUCGGCUACUGCGAGAAUGGCGACCAAGGCUGCAAAGGGCCCAUGAUCGGGUACAACACUGAGAAACUAUUCGCAGGCGAAGACAGCUCCGACUUCUCGCUCCCCUCCGCCCAGCGCCAUGCGCUUUCCUCCAUUCUCAUCGUGCACCCCGUCGCAGCUCUCAUGACGCUGAUUUGCUUCGGUCUCUCCGUCGCUGCCCACUUCCACUCGCCCGCCCACUCGCCGCGCUACCUCCUCGCUCUGCUCAUAUUCACGUUCCCGACUCUGCUGGUCACGCUGCUCGCUUUCCUCGUUGACAUCCUGCUGUUCGUGCCGCAUGUGGGCUGGGGAGGAUGGAUCGUGCUAGGUGCUACCGUCAUUAUCGUCGCAAGUGGUAUCGUUACGUGCGCUAUGAGGCGCACACUGGUCAGUCGCAAGGCGCGUAAGAGGCGCAUUGCCGAGAACGAUGACAUGAACGGCCAGACCUACUACGCGAACCGCGCCAAUGCGACUGUGGCUUCCGAAUUUCCCAAGGCUGAGUCACCGCCUCCACUGUCCGGAGAGACCAUGACCUCUGGAGGCAGGGACGGUAAUGCAGCCUACUUCGACCAUUCCAAGCCAUCGCCGACCGACGACAUGACGCCCUUGAACCAGCGCAAUCCUUCGCUCAAGACCGUUAGCAGCGGUGGAAACGGCUCGGAGAACAUGAACCCACCGAACCGCGGUCCCUCGGGUCGUCGACAGCCCAUGGAUCAGUAUGGCAAUCCCGUGCCACCCAUGCCAAACGACCAAUACGCCAUGAUGAAUGGCGCGCCACGUGGAAGAGGAGGUCCGAUGAGGGGUCGAGGAGGCCCACCAAGAGGUGGACAGUAUGGCGGCCCGAGAGGAGGAGGCUACGCACCAAGAGGAGGUAUGCGCGGACCUCCGCCGCCGGGAUGGAACGGUGGUGGACGAGGCGGACGACCUCCGAAUGGACCUCCAAUGCAAGGCCAGCCGCCAAUGGGUCGAGGAGGGCCUCCUCCGGGAUACAACAACGGCAACUUCUACAACCAAGGGCCACCUCCCCGUGAACAGUCACCAUAUGGCAGAGGACCACCGCCUGGUCAGGGGCCACCGCUGCCAAUUGGACAAGCCAUCGAAAUGGACAACCGCACAGGCACGCCUCCAACAAACUUUGGUUUGAGGGAAAGCGACGGUGAUGUUGCAGGCAUGCUUGCUCUCCAGCAAGGUGGCUUCCCCGCCGGUGCGCCCCAGAGGCGGCCAUCGGAUGGCGUCAUGAGCCCGACCAGCGAGUACUCUACAGAUGAGUCGGCGUUACGGCCGCAGCCUCUACAACACCAACAACAGCCGCCUAUGCCGCAACAACAACAGCAAUACAUGCCUGUACGAGCGGGAUGGAACCAGCAACAGGUCCCGUCAGACCAAAGUCUCAACACAUUGAACAACAGUAGCCGCGGGCUAUCGCCGAUCCAAGACUCACCUGUCGAAAUGCCUGCUCACAUAUCUCACAUUGGUGGCCCUAACAGGGUAGAGCGCAGUUCAGAUUACUACGAAGAUGUGGAUCCCAGGUUCGCAGAGCCUUCACAAGCCCAGGCACCUCCGCCAUUACCGAGCUCCCUCAUGCCAGGUGGUUUCGCUCCCCCGAACCCCAACUUCCUCUCCACAGGCAACGGGAGCGACACAAACCUCCCGCGCAACAGUUCUUACGACGACCUACCAGAAGGCGCGCGCUCGCCCGCCGCAAGCGAAGCAUCACAUUUCACAUCUGUCUCGCAACGUCCCGUCAACCCUAACUGGCGGCCGGAAAUGGGUGCCCCAGCCGGCCAAUUUGCGCCCUUCGCACCUGGCCCUCCACGCAGACCCAUGCGUCAAGAAGACGUGAUCCUCGAAGCCAACGCCGCAAACCCCGACUUCGCGAUUCCAGGCGCAGGCCGGGGACGCGGACGAGGACGCGGCGGCCCCAUGGGCGGCAGAGGGAGAGGAGGCGCAAUGAACAUGCCUCCUGCGACGAUGAUGGGACCCGGCCCCGGCCUAUCGAAUCAAUCGAGAUACCCUGGCGCUAACGCCAUGUAG